GUGUAGACUCUGGUGCUCUCAUGGUUUUCCUCAAAGUCACACCAAAGAGACACACCCUCGACCGACGACAAACCGAACAAACUCUGUUUAUGAAAUCUCUGUACAUAAUUUGUGCACCCAUAAAUCGCAGAGCUUGGAGAUCACUAUAUAUGGUGACUGGAAAUAUAUGAGAUGAGAUUCAUGUACUCAUCCAUGUAUGUAUAUUCAUGUUGUGCACAGAAUAACAGGCCAUGUUGCUGUUUUCUAUGGUGUACCCAGGCCUUCGCCCUGUGAUAUCCUAAUAUUUGUUUGGUGGUUUUGGUUUGAGUCAUGCUUUAAGGACAGAGAUUGCAUCAUUCUCCAAGCAUGUGAAUGAAUGGGGUAGAUAGAGGCAUCCCUCUCCAUUGGUUAGCCAUUCAGCAGUCAUUGUCGCUGAAAACAAUCUUGUGAACGUGUGUCUAGUUGGCCUGCAGCACAUUUAAAAAUCAGACAUUGAAGUUUGGUUCAUAUAAAUGUAGGUCCUGUCUAGUUCCAAUCUGAGAGCGGGGCAAGACAAGACAAUUUGCCUGACCUAGGUUGCCCCCAUCCCAUUAGCCAGCUGACCAUCCAUCAUGGAGUUACAUAUCCUGGAACACCGGCUGAGGGUUGCAACGGUCAAGCGGUCAGACCUCCUUCCUUUCAUCGGCUCCCUCAUCAAACUUGCUCUCCUCCAUGAAACCAGCAAGAGCAAGUUUUUCAGCUUCACCCAUACGAGUCGAGAUUUCACCAUUAUUCUUGAUGAAGAGGGAUUUAAAGCUUUGCCUGACCAGGCAGAGAAGAUGGGCAUGGUGAUACAGUCCAGCGCAUGGCUCGUCCUCGAAGCAACGGCCGGGAACGAUGAUGCAGGAAUGACCACCGUCACCAGGAACAUCAUCGUGCCUCUUGCCGAUAGAGGGCUCUCUAUCUUCUGUCUAUCAACGUGCCAAACUGAUUAUGUACUCGUACGAGAAGAGGACCUGCCAAGUGUGACCCAGUGUUUAGCCCCUCAGUUCUGUGUCUUCCGUGAGAUCGAGGGUAACUCCGAGCCUGUCACCAUAGACCGGUCCCAGAAUGGAGUCCAUGAAGCAGAGGCCAAGAGAGCAAUCAUGUACCCUCUCCACUUUCCAACCAAUAACUUCCUAGUCACAAGUCUACAGCCAGACAUGAUACCAAAGAUCACCAGCAGCUUAUUACAGGUCCUUUUCUAUCCAGAAACCUGUGAUCCUAUAGAGACGGAGACGUCAAGUCAGAAGGAGCAGUUUGUUUCUUAUUCUCUCAUAGAUGAUAGGAUAUCACUGGUACUAGAUGUAGAUUUAUUAGAUAGGUUUCCAGAUAACUGUAUAUGUGUUGACUCUGCCAAAGAGAGAUGGAGGAUGGUUAACACUGGGGUCCAAAAUACAGGAUUCGAGGAGUGUGGAAUAGUAGCCCAGAUAGCCGAACCUCUUGCCAGUGAGAACAUCCCCAUCUUCUAUCUCAGUACCUUUCUCACAGACCAUACUCUGGUUCCAGAGACGGAGUGGAACAGGACGCUGACAGUAUUAUCCCAUCGAGAGGAAUGCCAGGACCAAGAUGAUGGGGUCAUCGUAGAACCAAACAUCUCAACAUCGGUGUCGUAGGAGACCUGACAGACAAUAGAUAUUACUAAUAACAGAAAGAUUCAUAUAUAUUCUUGAUAAACUUGUGCGUUUGUGUGUGUGUGUGUGUGUGUGUACUAUACUAUAAUCCAUGCCAUUUGAACUUUGUGUAUUUGAACAGAAAAUAGAAGUUAUUUUGGAUAAAAGGUAAUUUUGUAGUGGGAUUCAAAACCUUUUAGAAUGAGGGGAGGGAUAGUUUGCAGGCACAUAUUGUAUUUUAUACAAUAUUUUGGUAGCUAACACAUGUUAGAUGUUAACUUUUCGAUUAUUGAUGAAAUCGUGUUUUUGUGCCAUAUUGGAUCUCUGAAAUCGCUGCAUGUUAUUAAAAAAUUGAUAUAUUACAAAAUAUAAAGCCACACGAUAGUGCUGCAAGUGAGAUUAUUUGCUAAUGUUAUUUCAAAUUUAUUCUCCCUUUCAUUGUGGAUGACCAAAUGAUGAUUUUAGUAGGAGCUGCAAGAAUUUGUAUUUAAAAGAAAUCAGAAGAAAUAUGAUUAUUAUCAUCAUUAUGUUGCUCUUAUAUUGUGAUUAUUGUCAUCAUUAUCAAUAUCAUUGCCAUUAGUAUUAUUGUUAAGAACAUUUUAUUAGUAUCGAUUUGAGAAGAAAUAUUAGAUUUUGUCGUACUGAUAUGUUUUGUAUCAACGUGGUUAGAAUUUGAUUGCGUAUAUCAAACUUCAUUCAUUCCAACCACCAUCCUCCAAAUCAACUCAAUCCUUUGAGGGGUUUUCUUUUUUGUUUUUCUUUCAUGUUCCUUUUUUUUUCUUUUUUUCCGCAUGCUCUUUCAGUAAUAUCCAUGUUGAAUUCAUCAUUAUUUUUUUAUGUGGUGUUGUGGUCAAGAGACCAGGGGAUGUUUCACAUAGAUCCUAAGUUGAACUUAUCUCUAAGUUAAGGAAAGCCGUUAGCAUAUUUUGAAAAUAUUUUGUAAAAGUUAUUUUAAAACGCAUUAAAUGUUGAUUCAAAUCUUUCAUAUUUUCUAUUAUCAAGGAUAUUUCAUGUUCUUAAUUUUGAAUUUAUGAAAAGUCUCAAAUUGAAUUUUUGCUUUUGAAUAUAUUUUAUUUAAAGGCUACGAAUGGCUCUUCAUAAUGUUUAAGUCCAACUUAGAGUUAAAAUCGACUAAGGAUCUUUGUGAAACACCCCCCAGAAGUAUUAUCGUCAAGUGGACAAAUUGAUGGACUGUCAACCAAAUGGUUUACUGUUUGAGUCCCAUGCAGCCUGGCAGUGAUAUCCUUUGGCAAGACAUGAAUCUUUAUUUGCCACUUGAAACCCAGAUGAGGUAACUUUGUACAGUACUUGGUCCGCAGAAAUAUUGGAAGACGCAUACCGGUAGGCGACUUAUGAAUUUAGAAUAAAGAGUUCUAACUUUGUUUCUUGUCAUAUUUGUUAUAAUUGGGGCAUUUCAAGAGUAACACUUUUUAUGUGAUAUUACUUAUAAAAUAUUCUUUCAUAUAUCAAAAUAAUAUUUUUUAAAAGCUUACAAAUUAUUAAAGCGAUAACUUUGUUUCUUGUCAUAUUUUGAAAAUUAGGGCAUUUCAAGAGUAACUCUUUUCAUGUGCAUUGCCUUUUAAAUAUUCUUCCAUAUUAGAAUGAGAACCAAAAAUGGGAAAGCUUUACAAUUAUUUGUAACUUGGACCCAAUUUUCUCUUUAAUCAUCCAACUCUUUACUCUCCCUGUCUUCUUCAUUUAUCUCUUUGUAUCCUCUCCAAGUAAUUUUUCAUUUUUCCCAAAAUUUGUCACUGUUAGUAUUCAUAAAUUGUAUGUUGUAUCUAUUUUUAUACUAUUUUUGUACCAUAUUAAGGGCUGGUUACCACAUAUACCACAUACUUGCAUACAUGUAUCAAUCAUUAUUUGUGCUAUUCAACUUUUACAAUAAAGACAUGUUCAGAUAUAUGGUGAGGAAAACUGCUGUUAAAAAAAAGAAGAUUUUUUUUAACGUGUUAAUAAAUGGCAUCUACCCGCAAAAAAAUCAUUGCACUUAUUCACUGAGCUCUGUGUUAUAAGCUGCAGGGAAUGAUGCAUAUUACACUUUACAUCAUCAUUAAAAAACGCUGCAGUUUUUCCACGUCAUAUCUGAACGAGCCUUAAGGAAACCCUUUAACGUUACCUUCCAAGAGCAUGAUUGUGAUCGAUCAUUUGAGUCCAUCUGUAGAUUCUGACAUGACCGGGAGAGGGCGCCCCAACGCCAACUGCGUAGCAUAUCAGGAGAGACAGUUGUGACACGCGUACACGUACGUGAUCAAAGGUCAUUUUAUGGCGCUCCAAAUAGUUCUCUUCUAAAUGCAAUCUCUAUGGGAGGGAUAUAUUUGGAGCUCCAUGAAAUGAGCUUUGAUCGCAUGCCCAUGUCACAACUAUCUCUCUCAAUGUGCUAUGACUAAUCCUGAUCUUUAACCAAGGAUGCUAGAGCAUAAGAACCUGAGUUUUAGUUUAGUUUCUUUUAUUUCACAUGACAAAACAGCCUAUUUACAAAAUUGAUAUUCGUGACCAAUAAAGAUAUCUACACAGCAUAAGUUUGUAUUGCAUUUACACUAAAUAAUUUCAUAAUUACAUGUGAAAAAAGGAACUUAAUGAAAAGCAUAUAACUUGUAGAAUUGAAGUUCCUCAAAAUAACUUUGAAACAGCGUCAUCUAUAAUAAGGUAGAAGUUUAAUAAUUAAAAAGCAAAGUAUACAGACAAAAACAAUGAAAUGAUAUGGAUGAUGGAUGCAAGGAACCUAGGAACAGAGUUGCACACUCUCCUGUUUACAUCAUUUUAUUUAGAGGAUGAUGGUUAUUCAAUUGGAAAAUUAUAGAGUUGAACAAGUUGGUCUCUCUGUAAUGGCUCAGCUAUGUGUUGUUGUUUUUUCUGCCAAUGGUGAGGGGACUGUUUAGGAUGGUGCUAUAUUGUUUAAAUCUAAGACAAUAUCUUACUUCAAACAUCACUUUACAAAUUUUUUGUAGGUUUUUAUUUUAAAUUGAAAAUAAUUGUCAGUGUAAUGAAGUGGAACAAGCAUUAUUUUGGAGCGAGACAAAUCUGUUUGCCAAAUGCCUUUUCCCCUUCUAAUAUACAAAGAGAUACAAUGAUUUUUUGUUAUGUUUUAGAUAACGAUUGGUUUGCAGUGCCUAUUGCCAUAUGUAAAAAAGGUGCUACUUUUCUUUUAUUUUUUACAUCUAAUUUACAGCUUAUGUACUGUACAUGCCUAUUAUUUCAUAUAUAAGUCUAUAGGUGUAUUGGAGGGUUUUUAGUUCUAAGGUAUGUGCUAAUCUAAUGAAUUCUAUAUUUUUUGUUUGUAUCAGACACUGGGGCAUCCAUUUUUCUGUCAAUUGUACUUGUAGGCAUUGAUGUCUUCUUUUCCCCUCUGAUAAAGAAUCCUUCUUGAAGUAUAUAUGUUUAUUUCUUUAAAGAUCUGUAACUGAUCUCUGUCUCUCUCUAUGUCUCUAUCUGUCUCUCUCUCUCUCUCUCUCUCUCUCACCUUCCCUCCCCUUUCUCUCUCUUUCUUUCUCUCUAUCUUCUUUUCCUAUCUCUCUCUCUCUGACCACUUUCUCCCUCUCUUUCAAUCCCCUUUCCUCUCACUUGAUUAUGAACAUCUUGGUAUUUAUGCUAAUAUCGUUCGAUAGAAUCAAAAUUGAUCUCUCUCUCUCUCUCUCUCUCUCUCUCUCUCUCUCUCUCUCUAUCAAUCCUCUUUCCUCUCCGUUAGUCAUGAACACAUUGGUAGCAAAUAUCGGUUGAUAAAAUCAUAAUUCAUCACUGAAGUAUUGUAAUGAUUUGGCAUGAUCGAGAUACUGGAGAAUGAUGUUUUGUUUGUGUAUAUUUGGUUAUGAAAUAUAAAAUUGUAUCUAUUUUGAUUAUUUCUAUUGCAUAUCUAUAUAUUGCAUAGCUUAUAAUUUGCUGCUACUUCAUGUAUGUGCAUGCAGUCUUUAUAAAUACCAGCUAUUAAAUUAAAUGGGGAACAAUCUUUUGGUUGGACCUUUGAAUGAUAACCACGAUACCAGAAAAACAUAAAUCAAUAUUCAUAUCAAGAAAGAUUUCUAUAUAUGAGAUCAUUUUGAUCAAGAAUGGUUACAGUGGACCCACUGCCCAAAAUUGCUCUUUACACAUUGCACUCACAGGUUACACGUUUUCAUUAUGCCAAGUGGUUUUGUUUCUUUUCAAUGUACUCUAAAUAUGGAUUUAUAAUGAUUGUUUUCAUUCAGGCUUGGAGCUCGAUCUCCCUUCAAAGGAACAAUUUCAGUGACUAGGCAACAGUGAAAAGUAUUAGUAAACAUAUUGUCGUCUUAUGGAAUGGACUUCCUGAAUGGUUGAACAUUUUAGAUAACCACAUGAUAAUUUCCAUUUCUUUCCUGUAUCAUUUCAGUUCAGUAAUGUACACUUUACAAAGUUCAGUCAACUUUUAUCAUAACCACAUCUAACAAUGGUUGUGACCAAAGUGCAUGAAUUAUCUUCAAUACUACAUUCUGCUUUUACAAAUAGUGUCCACACAUUAGAGAUAAUGGGAUUUAAUUGGGUGUUGAAGUGCAGGCUGAUUGGUGUAGGUGCAGUUAUAUACAACACUGCGUGCAAGUGUUUAAUUGGGUAUUUACAGAUGUGUAUCCAAUCAGAUAUGAUUAUUUACUUGUACGUCUAGGGCCGACCUUUAACAUUUUUUUCAUUCGAUAGACAUGCUCGAUUUUUGACACAGGGGUCGGCCUGGGUCACUGUUUAGGCAAAGAUAGAGAGCUACGUCAUAGUCAUACACUGUACACCCGAGUAAGCAUACCUCUAGCGUCUAGACCAAAUCAAAUAUAUUCACAUAUUGUUACCCUCGCUCAAAGGUCUCAUUUUUAACUGUAGGAUAUUAAAGACACAAUCAGGGAUAUUUGUAUUGUGAGUUUGCCAAUUUGAAUUAAACCCUUUAAAAUUGUUCUGAGUAACCUGGGUAUGUUGAUGGCUAACCUAAGGAUAUUAAUAAUUUAAAACACAUUUAGAAAUUAAAAUAUGGUUUAAAUUUGCAAUCAAUGAACUGAAAUUAUGUUGCCUGGUAUUACGGAAAGGAAUUUUGAUCCAUAUAAAUGUAGAAACUUCCUAACAUGAAAAUUUAUUGCAACCGGCAUUUUACUUGAAUAUUUCAUAUUGUGCUAUUUUUCAUUAUUUGCUCUGUCCAUAAUUUCUUUACCUGUUGUACAUUUAAUGUUAUCGAAGUGAAAUAUAUGAAUAUAGUUUAUAUAUUUACAUGUACUUGAUGAAUUAAAGAAUAAAAUAAAACUAGA